AACUCGUAAGAAAUGAAAAAUAUACACAAUAGAUGUUAGAUAAUCAGGUCACCGGAAACCCGAGCUCCGAAUCAACCUUUCCUGCCACAACUCUUCUUCAGCUACUUUCCAACCCCUCUCCCCUUCUUCCUCCGACCACGAAAUCUCAACCUCACUCAACUUCAUCUCCUUUAUCAACCAUAGCUAACCCAAAAACCCAAGGAUUCGCCCUCCAUUUUCAUCAAUUUUCAAACAAGUUGUGAUGUACGUGCUAUGACAUUCCGUAGUUGACAAAUGACUGUGGAGGCUUCUGGUAAGUUAAAGAUGUCGCAUGAAUUUGAUGAUGAUGAUGAUGGGCCGGUAGUUUUUAAGAGGAGUUCAGUGUCGAAGAGUAAUCAAUUGCAUUCAGAAGUGAGGAAGUCAACUUCUCAUAGUCAUGAUGGACGGCCGUAUAAAAAGACCUCUGAUGUGCCUUCUUCGAAUGGCCAAAGUUCUAGCUCACAAAAUGGUAAGGUUGUCCCAUCCUCUAAGGCAAUUGCCGCUGAAUCUUCUGCGAGUGUAGCAAAAGCAUCACCAUCAAUUCUCAAAACCUAUGUGAGGUCCCCUUCAGCAAAUAAAAUUCCAUCCUUUGGAAAUAAAAAAGAGUCUCUUUUAGAAAAGAAAAUUCCCAUUCAAGCUAAAGAGGAAAAGAAUUCUACCAAACAUCUUAAAGAAGAUAAAUGUGAAGAUUCUGAGGACGAGGAGGAUAAUAUGCCAUUGAGUGCUAGGAUGAAGGUGAACAAUGACAAUGCUAAGAAAGCAACUCCUGUUGUUGUAAAGAAAUCUAAUGAAGUAAAGAAAUCUAAUGAAGACUCUGAUGACGAUGAUAUUCCCUUGUCAGCAAGGAUGUCACAUGAUACUAGUUUGGGAAAAUCUAGUUCUAAUUAUAAUGGCGCUGAUCAGAAGAAACCAUUUCCAAAAGUUCUGAAAGGACAUCAAUAUGGUUCCAGUGCUAGUAUUAAACCGGAAAGACCAUCUACACUGUCUGUUAAGAGACCACUAGAUAAGACUGAUUCCUUGCACUCUUCUGUUAAGAAGUCUAAACUCUCAGAUCCUACUCCAUCAAUUAAUGCUAAACAAACAUCGGUGAAAUCUGAGCUGAAGGUUGAAGAUGAUGAUGACGAUGAUAUUCCACUGUCAGUUAAGAGACCACUUGAUAAGAUUGAUUCCUUGCACUUGUCUGGUAAGAAGUCAAAACUCUCAGAUCCAACUCCAUCAAUUAAUACUAAACAGACAUCGUUGAAAUCUGAGCCAAAGGUUGAGGAUGAUGAUGAUGAUGAUGAUGAUGAUGAUAUUCCUCUUUCCCAAAGAUUGAAUAAGUUGGCCCCAUCAGUGGAUAAACCAACUUCCUUGAAGAAGGUGACAAGUGUCAAUAAAGUCAAUAAAGGUGCUGCUCCAUCUUUUAAGAAAAAGCCCAUUUUCAAAAAAUCAGGCAACAAAUCAGAACAAUUCAAAUCUACUAAACUUACUCCGAGCUCUGGUGAUGGGCAGAAAAAAUGGACUACUUUGGUUCACAAUGGUAUCAUCUUCCCACCUCUUUACAAGCCCCAUGGGAUAAAGAUUCUCUAUAAGGGGAAGCCAGUGACUCUGACCCCUGAACAAGAGGAGGUUGCCACAUUGUUUGCGGUCAUGCGGGAUACAGAUUACAUGCAAAAAGAAAAAUUCAAGGAAAAUUUUUGGACUGACUGGCGAACAUUGCUGGGAAAGAAUCACGUGAUUCAGAAUUUGCAAGAUUGUGACUUUACACCGAUUUAUGAUUGGUACCAAAUUGAAAAGGAGAAGAAGAAACAACUGAGUACAGAGGAGAAAAAGGCCAUAAGAGAAGAGAAAAUGAAACAAGAGGAGAAAUACAUGUGGGCUAUUGUUGAUGGUGUUAAAGAGAAGGUUGGCAAUUUUAGAGUUGAACCUCCAGGAUUGUUCCGUGGACGUGGAGAGCAUCCCAAGAUGGGCAAAGUGAAAAGACGCAUCACUCCAAAUGAUGUCGUAAUCAAUAUAGGAAAGGAUGCACCAAUUCCUGAAUGUCCUAUUCCUGGUGAAAGCUGGGGGGAGAUAAGACAUGAUAAUACAGUUACUUGGUUAGCCUACUGGAAUGACCCAAUCAAUCCAAAGUUAUUCAAAUAUGUGUUUCUGGCAGCUAGUAGUUCUUGGAAGGGUCAAAGCGACAAGGAAAAGUAUGAGAAAGCAAGGAUGUUGAAGAGUUAUAUAGGGAACAUCAGGGCUGCAUAUACGAAAAAUUUCACAAGUACAGAUAUUACGAAGAAGCAAAUAGCUGUUGCUACUUAUUUUAUUGACAAACUAGCUUUGAGGGCUGGUAAUGAGAAGGAUGAUGAACAAGAAGCUGAUACAGUUGGUUGUUGUACAUUAAAAGUAGAAAAUGUGACUGCAGAAGGCCACAACAAGUUGAAGUUUGACUUCCUUGGUAAAGAUUCAAUCAAGUAUGAAAAUACAGUUGAGGUGGAGCCUCCUGUUUACGAUGCCAUUUUGGAGUUCCAAAAAAAUAAACUUCCCGGUCGUGAUCUUUUCGACAAAUUGGAUACAAGUAUCUUAAAUGCUCAUCUGAAGGAACUCAUGCCCAACCUGACAGCAAAAGUCUUCCGUACAUUCAAUGCAUCAUUCACUUUGGAUGAUAUGUUGAAUAAGGAAACUAAAGAUGGAGAUCUUGCCGAAAAAAUUGUUGUCUAUCAGCAUGCAAAUAAACAGGUUGCGAUCAUUUGUAAUCAUCAACGUAGUGUUUCAAAAUCUCACAGUGCACAAAUUUCAAAGUUAAAUGAAAAGAUUGAUGAACUUCAGGCUCUUAUGAAGGAGCUGAAAACCGAUUUGGACAGGGCAAGAAAAGGAAAGCCGCCUCUUAAAAGUUCAGAUGGAAAGAACAAAAGGAACUUGACUCCUGAAGCGAUAGAGAAAAAGAUGGAUCAAACCAGUGCAAAAAUUGAUAAAAUGCAACGUGAUAUGAUGACAAAAGAAGAUCUAAAAACUGUGGCACUUGGCACGUCCAAGAUAAACUACUUAGAUCCCAGGAUAACAGUUGCUUGGUGCAAGCGGCACGAGGUUCCCAUUGAAAAGAUUUUCAGUAAAACUCUGCUGGAAAAAUUUGCUUGGGCAAUGGAUGUGGAUCCUGACUUCAGAUUCUGAGACCUAUAAGAUGGAGGAGGAAUACAAAUACAAUUAUGCAGGGGAAAAACAUUUUUUUUUUACUUAUUUCUUCUACAUGAAAUGAAAUAAUUUUUUGUUUCUGUUUUAUUAAGUUCAACGGAAAUUUAUGUUGCGAAUUCUUGAUCUAAUCUAAUUCGGGGUGAGUUGUCCCUGUCCCCUUUGUUCAUGGACUGUCAACCAUUCAUAUUUAUAAGUUAAUGUGAUGACCAUUGUUAAAUUUGGAAAAUGAGAUAACUUGUUUAUUCAUUCA